AAUAUUAGGGCAUACAUGUUCAGUACUGGAACUGGUCAAAGAACAGAUUUUCCUUCAGCAUUACUUACAACAGACGGUUAUCGUGGAGCGACUGUUGUCGAGGACUUUGGAUAUCGAGCUAUUGAACGGUUUAAAGGGAUUGCAGAUGACAACACUAAGUACGGUUUCUUCGAAAAUAUCAUCGAAGCUCUAUAUACCAGUGAGAAUUUUGAUGAUGAAACUUUACUUAAAGACUCGAGAGGGAGAAAGCACAAAUCAAUUGAUAUCGUUGUAGUAUUCUUGAAGUCACUUUGUGAUUAUAGUAUCAAGAACCUGCAAACGUGUAGUGACAUAAUAAACGUAAACGACUCAUAUUGGGUGCUGAUGAUUCCAUCAGUAAGGGCUGGUAGCAGAGCUGUUGAUUUUUUUAGGAAGGCAUGGCAUAAGGACAAAUACACAAAGAAUGUGGCAUGGAUCAGUUCCACUGAAACAGACAAACUUACUCACAACCGUAAAAAAUCAGUUGGAAAUGCUUAA